AUGUGUGAUCUUACCACAAGCCCCCGCCUCAUCCGCUGUGCCUAUAGAAUAAAGAAGGUCCUGCGCAAAAACACGGAAUUAGCGGAAGAAAUCGAUGCUUCGAGCAGACAUCUCAUUUCGCAAAUCACGAAAUCGAUACAAUGCCCCAUGUUUGGUAGUCCUGACCCGCCAGCCUCGAAGAAGGAGCUAGAUGAAGAGCUGAAGUUUCUCGCGACUUGAAUACUAUUGGUGCCUGUCGCGGACUGGCCACCUCCUCUUCGAGCAACUCCAGAACCUUCUCAACUCUCAGUUGAGUUUAGAAGUGAGCUCAAAGAGCUUAUCGAGGAUUUGGUCACGAACUCCAUCAAGAAGAUCUUGCCUAAUCAACUCUCAGAAGCUCUUGAUUCUAUUAUCUCGCCAAACUCCUUACGCGAUAGUCAACUCCAAAAUGCUCUAGUUCUUCACACCUCCAGAAUCUUCGUGCUCCAAAUGCACCAGAUGCUCCAGAUGCUCCACAGUACUACUCGCAACCAACUGCUUCGACUGUUGCUAUCCCUUCUGGAUCUACCAACAACGCACGUAUCUCUCAAAGCUGGUGGUAA